GCCUACAUGAAUCCAAUAGCGAUGGCUCGAUCGAGGGGUCCAAUCCAGUCUUCAGGGCCAACAAUCCAGGACUAUCUGAACCGACCGAGGCCUACCUGGGAGGAAGUAAAGGAGCAGCUAGAAAAGAAAAAGAAGGGUUCCAAAGCUUUGGCUGAAUUUGAAGAAAAAAUGAAUGAGAAUUGGAAAAAAGAACUAGAAAAACACAGAGAGAAGUUGUUAAGUGGGAAUGAAAGCUCAUCCAAAAAAAGACAGAAAAAGAAAAAAGAAAAGAAGAAAUCUGGUAGGUAUUCAUCUUCUUCUUCAUCGAGCUCUGAUUCUUCCAGCAGUUCUUCAGAUUCUGAAGAUGAGGAUAAAAAACAAACAAAAAAGAGGAAGAAAAAGAAGAGCCGUUGCCAUAAGUCUCCUGAGAGCUCAGUGUCAGACUCCGACUCGGAUAGCAAGGACAGUUCAAAAAAGAGAAAGAAGUCAAAGGAUGUGACUGAGAAAGAAAAGGACACUAAAGGACUCAGCAAAAAAAGAAAGCUGUAUGACGAUAGAGCGCUGUCCACUGGGUCGUCAUCAGAGUCGGAUUAUGAAGAGGUGCAAGCAAAAAGGAAGAAAAGUGGUGAAGAACGCGAGAGAACAGCAAGACAAAGCCAAGAAGAGAAGGAAGCAUAAGAAGCACAGCAAGAAGAAAAAAAAGAAGGCCGCUGAUUCAAGUUCAGACUCAGCGUAGCAUCUGGAAGACCAGGGUCCCUUACCGAGUGCAAUGUCGAAGGAGCUCUCAACUGUGAAGAUUAGACAUACGGAGUAACGUGCAUGAAUUAAUUCCCUUGUGUGUAGACUUGUCCUGGACUAGUCAGCAGCCACUCGGAUACCGCCAUGCGUGCGAAGGGCCAUGAUUGUUGCCUGCUGCUUGAACACCUUUUCCUCUUCCAGUCCUUGGUGACUCUGGGAGAUCGUACUUUGCAGUCAUACUAGUGGUUAAGACAUUUGGAAUAAAGCUAAUAUUUUUUACUAGAAGUACGUAAGGCUAAAUCAUCAGAAACUGAAUCUGGAUCCAUCUUUAAGAUGUAACCAGAAAUACUAAGCUGACUCUAGUAAAAACUUUCAAAGUAGGGAUUACAUUAAAAUUUCAAAAUCCUUACUCUGUAGAUAAGUGUAUUUUAGUUUUUCCCCACGUAUAUUUUGGUUUACUUGGGGAAGGAGCUUUUAAAGAGGGGGCGGGUUGCUGUCUCUUCAGCUACCAGAACAGCGUGCCUUUGAUCUCACACUAACUACUUCUGUGGACACAGUAGCCAUGUUUCCUGGGAGGUCAGAGCUGGGCACCAUCAGUCCUGCCCUUGACUGAGGUUAACGACAUCUGUAGACUGUUGUAUGCUGCUUCGUGUGAACCAGAGAUACCCAGCCCUUUGCAGCAUGAGAACGCCCCCAAAGCUCUGGAAUUUACCUCCACUUCAAUAAUAACAACUGAAUGUUUUUUAGGGUUAGGUUGUGUUAUGUCAUUUGAAUUAAUUUUGCCUACACUUUGGCUUUGGAGAGGAAUUGUUUGAUAGACACUGGUACUUUCUGAACUGAUAGCUAACAAUUCUAAAGUGCAUGUUUUAUACCGGCUUUAACUGGUCAGAGGGUUUUUAUGUAGCCAGUGAUAGCUACUUUAUGUUUUGUAUAGAUUUUAUUUAGGCUGCCAUGUUUAGCUUUUAACUCCUUACUCUUGCUGUCUUCAUUACUGUGUUCAGUGGCACAUUAACACGACAUUUAGCAUGUAAAAAGCGGAACUUUUGGUUUUUGUGUUUAACAGCUUCAUAUUGAAGCUGAGACUUAGCACAAACAAGUUAAGUGGCAGGCCUGGUAUGCUGUAUCUUGUUACAUAAAGCUAUGGCAGAAUCUUAGUAAAUAGAAUGUUUUAAAAGUUUGUUGUCUUUGCAUAUUAAUAACAGAUUAUGACAUGUUAACUUAGGUGAGAACUACAUUACUGCUCCUCCUGUGUCAUGUUGUACUGAGAUCUUGUGCCUCAUAUCUCUGAGUUUCUGGGAAUGUUAAAAGGAAUUGAUAAGUCAUUUUCAUUUUACACUUUUAUAUAAUCAGGUAAUAUGAAAUAUAAUGAUGUACAAUUUUGCCUGUUUCAGAAGGUGUGCUAAAUAUAGUGGAAUACACACAGACAUUUUGGCAUGAAAAGAGGCUGAAUAAAUAGCUAUUUUACUUAAAAUAGCUGUGUUCUUAUCUCCCUUUGGGUCUCAGGUAGUUACAAAGUUAAUGGUAAAUAUGCCCUCAGGUUUUAGUGAUAAAAAAAACACGUUUCUUGGGAGGUUCCUUAAAAUUUUCUACUUAAAGAUGCAUUUAUCUCCCACUGUAAGGUAUCAAAAACUUUGAGGGAUAUACAAUACCCCUCCUAAAUUUUCAAAAUUCAGUUGUUGGUCAUGUUUCCUCCUGCGUAUACAAGGCCCCUUUACUUCUGGUCCCUAUAUGACAGCUCUCUCCUGCAAGCAGCAGCUGUCUGUUAGACAGAGGAGGAGAAGUGGGCACUAAAUUUAGGAGAAUGCUGUGUCUUUCAGACUUGUGUCUAGGAUUCACCCUGGUGUUUGGUGACUGUAGCAGUCUCUUGAGAGGUAUAAAAAGGCUACUUAUGGGGUGUUGUCCCUUAUAUUAAUUCCAUGAUUAUGAUGAUGUGUAAGUUAAUGACAUACUUUCCUUCCUCCACCAAAACUGCCCUUCUUUCUUGGGCGAUUUUGUAUCAGUUUUACAAACAUGGAAUGUCUCUUAUGGAAUGGCACUAUGACAUCUGCCAGAACGUGAUGAAGGUCUGUAGAAAUGUCUUGAUACCAGCCCUAGCUUUUUGGUCACUUUUGGAGUCCUGUGGUUGCCCUUAGGUGUUUUAAGUACUCGAAGAGUGUCCAAGUUUAAUUUUAUCCAAAAUACAGAUUGGUACCUUUAGUCAA